AUGCUGAUCCCGAUCAUCUUGCUUGCUGCUGGUGCUGUGGCCCAGAAGGUGCUCACCAAUGAUGUUUGGACGUCCACGUCUUCUAAUAAUUUGGUUCUCAUCACUCCAACCGUGAUUGACGAGGUUACCAUUUCCGCUUCCCCAGUUACAGAUUCUGCAACCGUUUGGAAUUCGCUCGACUCCUCGGGUAUUCCCUACCUUGUGACUCCCACUGUUUCUGGCUCCAGUACCAUCUCGGCAUCUCCAACUGCUACUGACACCUCGUAUCCAACUGCCACCGGGGGAGCUCCUCCUGUGCUGCGGUGCAUGAACGACAGAGCAGACGACUCCAACUCGGGGUAUCCAUUCUGCAUCACCAACGGCACAGAGAUGGUUGUUGGCGAAACAUACUGGAUCACCUGGGAUCCGUCUUAUUGGGGCAGCGACGAUAUCACCAGAGUGCGUAUCUCCACCAACGAGUAUCCACCAGUUGACGGAGACGACGCUCUCUUUACGUCAGAUUACAUCAGCAACAAUAAUGGCUUUUUCGCUUGGGAGGUCAAGUCGUCUUAUCGCAAAAGCGGCACCGAAGGCUAUUGUUGGCUGCUCAUCACUCCCCAGCUGGAUUCCACCACGGACGCAAAGCACACGGGAACCACGUAUGGACCGCUCAUCAGAGUGAUAGAGCACGAGUCCGAUGCGUACACAGAAAUCACAAGACUGCCUUCAGAUAACGGCAAGAGCUCUUCCGGGUCGAGCUCCAAGGUGAAAGUGAUUGUUCCUGCGGUAGUUGUGCCGGUAGUUGUGUUGGGAGCUCUUGUGGUUGCAAUUGUUUGGUAUUUCAAAAAGAUGGGAACCAAGCCGCAAUUGAGCAACUUGAUCCAUCUUAAAGACCGGCAUCCGGACAACGCAAGUAUAACCACUUAUGAUCUGCAGUCUCAUGCUACCACGACCACUGCUUCAUCCAUAAACGACAACCCCUUUGAAUAA